AUGGGCCGGGGGCUUGCGCCGUGCAGCGCCGUGCCCGCUCCCUUUCCCAAGCUGGCCGGGCGCCGGUCUGGCUCCCCGUGGGAAUCCCCCAUCCCCGUCCUGCAGCAGCGCAACCCUAGAUGGGAAAGGCCAAAAUUGCAGCUUGGGCCAGGGGCAUCGGGGCCGUUCCCACGCGAGGCUGUACCAUGCCAUGCCGUGCCAUUCCCACUCCCAUCCCAAGCUGGUCGGGUGCUGAUCUGGUUCCCUGUGGGAAUCCCCUAUCACUGCCCUGCAGCAGCACAGCUCUGGAUGGGAAACACCAGAACGACAGCCCGGGCCAGGGCGUUGGGGCUGUUCCCACGUGUGGCCAUGCCGUGCCGUGCCGUGCCGUGCCAUUCGCGCUCCCAUUCCCAAGUGGGCUGGGCGCCGGUCCGGCUCCCCAUGGGAAUCCCCAUCCCCAUCCUGCAGCAGCGCAGCCCUGGAUGGGAAACUCCAAAAUCGCAGCCCAGGCUGGGGGCAUCAGGGCCGUUCCCACGCGUCGCCAAGCCGUGCUGCACCAUGCUGUGCCGUGCCGUGCCGUGCCAUGCCGUGCCAUGCCGUGCCGCACUGUACCGCACCGUGCCGUGCCAUGCCGUACUGUGCCGUGCCAUGCCGUACUGUGCCGUGCCGUGCCACCGCUGCUCCAUGGGGAGCAGGCGAUGGGGCCGGGAAGGAGGCGUUCCUCGGCCGCACGCUGGCCCGGCGCCAGGCUCCGAAACGCGACGCCUUGCCCCACGCCGCAGCCGGCGGCGCGCAGGGAGCUCCCACUCACGCCUCCCGCCGUAUAAAACCGUGGCGCGGCGCAGCCCGCGCACACCCCGCCGCCCGCCGAGCAGGACCCCGGGCGGAUCCGUCGGAGAACGUCGCCGCCGCCACCGCGGAGCUACCGAGCCGGGCAGGAGCAGCAUGGGCCAGUGCCACUGCCGCAAGAAGCGCAAGGACUGCCAGGAGCUCACCGACGUGGAGCGGGCCAUCGAGACCGUCAUCAACCAGUUCCACUGCUACGCGGUGAAGGGCCAGAAGGAGUUCCUGACGCCCAACGAGCUGCGCGAGCUGGUGCUGCAGAAGCUGCCGCACCUGGGCAAGUGCGUGGGGCCGCUGGACGAGAAGAUCGAGUGCAUGGGCGACCCCGACGAGGCCAAGCUGGAGUUCGGCGAGUACUGGGACAUGAUGGGCGACGCCGCCAAGGGCUGCCGGGGGAAGUAGCGGGCGCUGGGGACGGGACGGGGCGCGAGGCCCCCGGCUCCGCACCGGGAAGGUGCCGGCCCCGCCGGGCAGCGCCCGGGAAGGCGCAGCGCUGCCUCUCCCGGGACUCCUGCGCCCCCCCGGCCCCGGCUCCCUCCCUGCCCGCGGCCGCCUCUCCUUCCCGCCAGGAAACGUCCUUCCCGUCGCCAGCUCCGGCAUGAAGGGCUCCCGGCCCCGGGGCUGCCCGUCUCCGUCCUCUCCUCCACGUCCCCGGCCCGGGAGCCUCCUUCCCCCCUCCGGCGCCAGCCCGGCCUCGCCGCCGGCCGGGAGCUGGGGCACCCUCGCUGCUGCUGCCCCGCGCCGGCGAGCCUUCGGGGCGCGACGCCGGGGCGCGCUCCCUCUGCGGGGCUCCCCUGCCUGCCCCUCGCCGUGGCCUCCCCGGCUGGCGGGUUGUUACCAGCUUGCAUCACUUGCGACCAUUUUUUGUAUAAAUUAAUAAAGGAAAAC